UCCAUGAUAGUCGAAGUGGUGCAACUAGGACACCAUUCAUCAUGUCUUCAGGCGUGACGAGCAUGCAAAUAGAUCAAAUACUCGACAUUCAAGGAGCCUUCAGAACCCUGGCUCUCCUUAAUAUGGUUGGUUACUUAUUUAGUGAAGAUGCUCCAGUUUCCGAUGAUGACAUAUUUGACUACAUCGUGGUGGGUGGUGGCACUGCUGGGUGUGUGGUAGCUGGGAGACUGGUCGAUGCAAACUUCAAGACAUUGGUUAUAGAAGCGGGAAAUAAUCCAGGAGAAGAAAAUUAUGCACCUGGUUUACUAACCUAUAUAAAGAAUUCGCGCAUGGAUUGGAACUUUACUACACCGCGCGAUGGUUUCACAGAUCAAUGUCACAAAGGCAGCGGAAUAUUUUUUGGUAAAGUGUUGGGAGGUACAGGAAAUACCGACUACAUGCUGUAUGGACGCGGCAACCCUCAAGACUACAGAUCAUUUAAUGAAGACUCAUGGAAUUGGAAAAAUAUGUUAAAAUAUUUCAUAAAAAGCGAAAAACUGGAAGACAAUGAAAUUCUUAAUUCACGUUACAGAAGAUAUCACGGUACCAAAGGUAGAAUUGGAGUAAUUAAAGAAAACCGUCCUGAAACUCAAGAGUAUCUGCAAGCCUAUAAAGAAGCUGGAAAAAACGUGGUUGCAGAUGUUAUUGGAGCUGGAAUAAUAGGAUAUUCUGGAGCUCUAUAUCACAUAGCAAAUGGAUCCCGUACGGAAACUGCAACAGCUUACUUAUCGCCUCUUAAAGAUAAUCCUAAUUUGUACUUAACUCGAAAUAGCACAGCAGUAAAAAUAAUCUUUGAUGAGAAUAAAAGAGCUGUUGGGGUACAAUUUGUAAAAGAUGGUAAAUCGAUCACCGUCAGAGCAAGGAAGGAAGUCAUUGUUACAACUGGAGCUGUCAAAACUCCUCAACUUCUUAUGUUGUCAGGGAUUGGUCCUAAACAGAGAUUAGAGAAAUUGAAUAUCAAUGUGAUAUCAAAUAUUCCCGUAGGAAAGAAAUUGCAAGAUUGUGUCGGAGUACUACUGGGUUUCGAAACAAACGUAACAGCAAAAAAUGAGCCAUUCGAUGACAACAAUUAUCCAGCGCAACUAAUAACGGGCUACUCAGCUUUAAGAAAUUGUAGCUGUGAUCCAGAUUACCAAAUCAUAAACUACAUAAUAGAUGAUACUACUUAUCUUCCACAACUAUGUGGGUUUAGUUUGGGAUUUCAGAAUUCAAUUUGUGAUAGAAUUUACUCAAAAGACACGCAAAUUUUUCUAUCUAUCAUUUUGCAUUUGAAUGUUAGAUCUUAUGGAGAAGUCACUUUAAGGAAUACCGAUCCAUUCGCAAUGCCAAAUAUAUUUCCUAAUUCUUAUACGAACGAUAGUGAUUUGAAUGAUAUAGUGGACUACAUUAUAGACUACUACAAACUAAUAGAAACUCCCAAAUUCCAAAGCAUGGGUUUAAAGUUUAUAGAAGCUACUGGAAAAUGUGGUCGAUUUCAGUUUGGGUCUCGUCAGUUUUGGAGAUGUUACGCUUUAUGCAUGAUUGUGCCCCCAGGAAGGUACGUUGGAACAUGUUCCAUGGGGUCUGUGGUAGACAGUCGAUUGAAUGUUAUCGGCGUCAGAGGGCUACGUGUAGUUGACGCUAGUGUUAUACCCGGCACCAUUGGAAGUGCUCUCUUUGGGCCAACAGUCGCACUGGCUGAAAAAGGAGUAGAAAUGAUUAUAGAGGACAGUUCUUAA